AUGGACUUCCGUGUGGGCGAUCUGGUUCGCCUGGUCGGUCUCAAGAGGGACCCCUUCAGCGAGGACUUCAACCACCACGUGGGGCGGGUCGUGACCUUGCCUGCUGCUAAUGGCCGAAUCGGGGUCUCUCUGCACGGCGCAGUGUGGGAAGAGCCCGAGAAACCUGUCUCCCAGUAUGACCCCUUCAGCUUGGACCCUCAGAACCUCCGCCGAGUCAUGCCUCCGAGCACCGAGAGGACCGGAAGGAUGUGUGUUCUGGACAGCAUGGGCCCCACCGGUAUCAAGAGGCUUCUCGGCGAGAGCGGCUGGGGCCUGCCGGACAACGUGGUGGAGCUCGUUGUGUCCCAGCUGCAAAUCCUCAGUGUUCAGAGCGACGAGGUUCGGGUGACCAACUGCUCAUCCGGUAGGGAUGACUUUGACAUAUCUGUGGUCUUGAACGAGCACGAGGACGAAUGGUGGAUUUCUGAACCCGGCAGCUGCCCAGGAGGAGUGGGUCAAGAAUACCUUGACUUCUCCUUCGAUGCAGUCAGACGCAUAAGCUUCGUCGCAAUGAAGAUCCCGCCUCUGCCACAUGGACCUUUGUCAGUGCGUGACUUCCACCUCCUUGCGGGCGGAAGCAGUGAGGAUCCUGAAAGCUGGGAACGUGCAUCGCCGGUGCCCUUGCAGACGCUGGACCGAGCGGAUCUGCAGGAGUUCGCACUGGUUCCGCCUGUGGAAGCCCAGACCAUACGCCUGGUCUGCACGCGCAACGCCGACGCGGCCUCUGCCGAAAAGGAGGCCGAGAUCCCACGGCGGCGGCGUUAUCUAGGUUCUACAGGUUGCAUCGGCCUCUUCCAAGCUCCUUGGACUGGGGAAGACUAA